AUGGAGGUUAUGGCAGGGGCAGCUCUUGGAAUUGCUCUCCAAGUUCUUCACGACGCCAUCAAAAAAGCAAAAGAUAGAUCUCCAAACACAAGAUGCAUCUUGGACCGUCUCGACGCUACAAUCUUUAGGAUCACUCCCUUGGUGGUUCAAGUUGAUAGGCUCAUGAGCGAAGAAGUGGAAGAGUCUCAGAAAAAAGUCAUCGAAGCACUUAAGCAUGUCCUUGAAAAGGCUGUUUCUCUUGUCGAAGCUUAUGCGGAGCUCAGACGUAGAAACUUAAUCAAGAAAUUUAGGUACAAGAGAAGAAUCAAAGAGUUAGAAGCUUCAAUAAAAUGGAUGGUAGAUGUGGAUGUUCAAGUCACUCAAUGGGCUGAUAUCAAAGAACUCAUGGCCAAGAUGUCUGAAAUGAACACUAAACUUGACGAAAUCUUGCGUAAACCAACAGAUUCUCCCCGUUUCAGGAAGAACCAUUACAUAUCACAAUGUACUAAUCGUAAUAUAGUUGAAGCAACAGACCAAUCUUCAGAAAAAAACGAUGAGUGUUCGAGUGAUGGAUCUAAACCGAAGAUUGAUAUCCACGUUCGAUGGAGUUCAAGAAAACGAAAGAAAGAACGUGAGAUCCGAUYCACCUUGAAGUGA